CAUGUCAAACACCAGCGGUGGACGCGUCGAACAGCUCGGGUCUCGUUGCUGUGCAGCCUAAGGCGCCGUUAUUUCCCGGGGAGCCGGAGGAAACUGGGGAGGUCUUCCUGCCGCUCUUAGCGAUGCCGCCGAGAGUGCUGGAGUCGGAGGACGAGUGGUCAUUGGGCAAUAAAGGGACAUCGCGGGGCGGCGCUAGUCUGGGAAAUGGGUGUAGCGGCGCCUCCCCCUUUCAGCAGUUGGGGACGCUGUGGAGCCACUACUUGGGAACGGCGAUAAAUGGAGGUGUGAACAACUCCGGGGAGCUUCCCAGCAUUAGCACCCGUCAGAUGCAGACACACCACACAAUGGCUACGCCUAUAUUUAAUGGCAACAAAAAUACGUCCAAGCCGGAAAAUAAAGCCAACAGGGAGAUGCUUAUUAGUUCCAUUCAGACAUUAAAAAUGGCCGGCGGUUCGACGCAGGGUCCGCUCAACCCUCCCUCCACCACUAGCCAACAAGGCUCCAAGGUGUCUGGUGUGCCGCAGGGAACAUCCACGCAUUCCCGCAAGAAUUGGAAGAAUCAGGGCAUGGCCAGCAAGAAGGCGGAUCCAAUGGGCGGAUGGAAAUUGGGGUCCCUGAAGAAAUCGAUUAAAUUGGGUUACCCCAUGUUCCCUGCGCUGCCAAGUGGCUGCAGCUCACCUGUGUCGACAGCAUUCACCACGACCAGUAGUGUGGCGCUCAAUGCGCUGUCUGUCCUGCGGGAUGCCAAUAGCAACACGGUGCCGAAGUCCAUGCCCAAAACCCACACCAACACUGUGCCUACAACCACCACCACCAACACCAACACCAACACCACUACUCCUACCACGACAGUGAACGCCGGCAGCGGGGAUGGUGUCGUCAACAAUAACCAUCCCCCGAAGUCCAAGAGGAAGCAGUCAAAGCGGACUCCGCUGCCAGGAGGAGCACCAGCGUCGCCUCCAAGAGUCUCGGGGAACACAACCUCGCGCCACAAUGUGAAUGGACAGAAGUGCUCCCUGCAUGAUGUUCCAUCAAAACGAUAG